UCUUUAAAAGUUUAAAUAAAGUGAGAAGUUGAGAAACAGGGUAGGUAACAAGAUUCCAUGGAGAACCAAAUAGAGUCUCCUGUGCAACAAAGGAAAAAACGCAGAGUGAUACUCUUUCCACUGCCUUUGCAAGGUCACAUAAACCCCAUGCUUCAGCUUGCAAAUAUUCUUUAUGGCAAAGGCCUUUCCAUAACAGUAAUUCACACCAACUUCAACUCUCCAAACACUUCCAACUACCCUCACUUUGAUUUCUGUUCAAUCCCAGAUGGCUUACUGGAAGUUGGAGCCUCAACGUCGGAUGUCAUAGCUCUUGUUACACUCCUGAAUGUUAAUUGUGUGGUGCCUUUUCGGGAUUGCUUGGCUAAGUUGCUGUCAAAUGUUGAGGAAGAGUCUAUUGCUUGCCUAAUCACAGAUGCCGUCUGCCAUUUCACUCAAGCUGUUGCUGAUAGCCUUAAGCUUCCGAGGAUAGUGUUACGAACCAGUAGUAUCUCUUCCUUUCUUGCUUUUGCAGCCACUUCACUUCUACAUGAAAAGGGUUUCUUCCCCAUUAAAGGUUUUCAUUUUCUGUCAGAUCUUGGAUCAGAAGCACCAAUGCCAGAGUUUCCAUCAAUAAGAGUGAAAGACAUUCCUUUGAUUGAAACACGUGAUGCAGAGAAAUUUUAUCAAUUAUUAAUGAGCAUGAUGAGUCAGAUCAAGGCCUCUUCAGGAUUGAUAUGGAACUCCUUUCAGGACCUUGAGCAAGAUGUACUGCCUACAUUAGAGCGUGACUUUCGCAUUCCAAUAUUCCCAAUAGGCGCAUUUCACAAGUAUUUUCCAGCUUCUUCAAGCAGCUUACUUACCCAAGACAAAAGUUCAAUUUCCUGGUUAGACAAACAAGCACCUAAAUCAGUACUUUAUGUAAGCUUUGGAAGCAUUGCCGCCGUUAAUGAGACUGAAUUUUUGGAGAUAGCUUGGGGGUUAGCCAAUAGUGGGGUACCAUUUUUGUGGGUGGUUCGGCCAGGAUUAGUCCGUGGAUUCGAAUUGCUUGAACCACUGCCCAAAGGGUUCCUGGAAAUGCUAGAUGGAAGGGCACAUAUAGUGAAAUGGGCUCCCCAACAAGAAGUGCUAGCUCAUCCUGCUACAGGAGGAUUUUGGACACAUAAUGGUUGGAAUUCCACAUUGGAAAGCAUAUGCGAAGGGGUACCAAUGAUUUGCCAGCCUUGUUUUGGUGAUCAAUUGGUGAUUGCAAGAUAUGUCAGUCAUAUUUGGAGAGUUGGGUUGCACUUAGAAAAGAGGCUGGAAAGAGGGGAGAUAGAAACAGCAAUUAGAAGAGUAAUCCUGGAGGCUGAGGGCCAGGAAAUGAGAGACAGAAUUAUGCAGUUGAAGGAGAAAGUGGAUGUUUCUCUAAGGCAAGGAGGUUCUUCAUAUCAAUCACUAGAGAGCUUGAUUAGUUACAUAGAAUCAUUCUAGUUUUUUCCAAUCUUAUCUUCAUUGCUUCUCAAAUAAGUUAUUCAAUGUAAUAAUCAACUUUAUGUGAUGAUGAUAACAACUUUAAUAAAACUUCAAUUUAUUGUAAA